AGCUGCGAAGCCGGCGAGACAGGUCAUAGCUGCGUCUGCUGCCAUGGUGCCACCAGCAUUCGAGGACGCCGGCAAACAGGCUGGCAUCGCCGUAUGGAGAAUCGAGAAUUUUGAACCAGUUGCCUAUCCUAAGAAAGACUAUGGAAAGUUUCACACUGGGGACUCCUACAUAGUCCUGAAUACAGUGGAGAGGAAGGGCACAUACAACUGGGAUAUCCAUUUCUGGCUUGGGAAAGAAACUUCACAGGAUGAGGCUGGUGCAGCUGCUAUCCUAUCAGUAGAACUAGAUGAUCAUCUUGGAGGGUCUCCUGUCCAACACCGUGAAGUGCAGGAUCACGAAUCUCAGCUUUUCUUGUCCUACUUCAGAGCUGGUGUGAGGUAUCUCCCUGGAGGGGUGGCAAGUGGCUUCCACCAUGUGGAUCCUGAUGCUGUGGAGAAGAGGCUCUUCCAAGUUAAAGGCAAACGAAACAUCAGAGUGAGACAGGUUGAUGUCAACAUUUCUUCAAUGAACAAAGGUGACUGUUUUAUACUGGAUGCAGGGAAAACCAUAUAUGUUUAUAUGGGUGCCACUAGCAAAAGAACUGAAAAACUGAAGGCAAUUAGUGCAGCAAACCAAAUCAGGGAUCAAGAUCAUGCUGGAAGGGCUAAAGUUAUUGUUAUUGAUGAGUACAGUAAUGAUGUUGAAGUGAUAAAAUUUUUUGAAGAAUUGGGUUCUGGAUCUCCAACUGAAGUACCAGAUGAAGAUGAAGGUGGGGAUGAUGUAAACUUUGAGAAAACCCAGGAGGCAGUUGUGACUCUAUAUAGGGUUAGUGACGCAGGGGGUGAGAUGGUGGUUGAAAAAGUUGGAGAGAAACCACUUCAUCAAGACAUGCUGCAAUCAAAUGAAUUUGGAGGCCAGGACUGCUUUAUUUUGGAUACAGUGACAUCAGGAAUAUAUGUCUGGAUUGGCCGACGUUGUACAAAGGAUGAAAAAGUGGAAGCAAUGAAAAGAGCUCAGUCAUUUUUGACAACAAAUAACUAUCCUGUGUGGACAAAGGUUCAACGAAUAGUAGAAGGUGGAGAACCAUCAACAUUCAAACAAUAUUUCAGUGGCUGGAGAGAGGCAGGUGAUCAAAUUGGUCUAGGAAGGAUCUAUACAGUGGAGCAAAUUGCGGCAAGCAUGCCUGAGCCAGAUUUUGAUCCCAGCUCUUUACAUGCCGAAAAAAUAAGACUUCUAGCUAAGAAUGCUGGCAGAGCCUUUGGUUUUAUGCCUGAUGAUGGAUCAGGAAAAGCAGAAGUAUAUCGAAUUGAAGAUUUUGAAUUAGUGCCAAUUGAUCCUGCUACAUAUGGAAUGUUCUUUGGUGGCGACUCUUACGUGAUAAAGUAUACAUAUGAGAAAGACAGACGAGAAAGCUACAUAAUCUACUUCUGGCAGGGCAAAGAUAGCACUCAAGAUGAAAGAGCAGCUUCUGCAAUUCAUGCUGUAAGACUUGAUGAUGAAGUUGGUGGAAAAGCUGUUCAAGUGAGAGUUACACAGGGCAAUGAACCAAGGCAUUUCUUAAGAAUAUUUAAAGGUAAAAUGAUCAUCUUCAUGGGUGGAAAAGCUAGUGGUUUCAAAAAUUUGCGUGAUCAUGACACUUACGAUACUGAUGGAACAAGACUCUUCCAGGUCCGUGGUACCUGUCCAGAUGAUGUAAGGGCUGUACAAGUUCCUGAAGUAGCGUCUUCUCUACAGUCAGAUGAUGUGUUUGUGCUGGAAAUACCUGGAAAAACCUUUGUGUGGCUUGGAAAGCUUUCAAAUGAUGAGGAAAAAGAAUUUGGAGCACAUGCAAGUGCCCUUGUUUCACCAGAUGUUACUGUAACUACUAUAAAUGAAGGAGAUGAGCCAGAUGAAUUCUGGGGAGCUCUUGGAGGCAAGGGAGAUUAUCUAUCAGAAUUUGAUGCUCAAGGAAUUCCUCUUCUUGGACCCAGACUUUUCCACUGCAGGAUUACAAUUACCGGUAGAUUCAGAGUUGAAGAGAUCCCUCAUUAUAAGCAGGAGGACUUGGAUGAAGAUGAUAUCAUGGUGCUGGACUCGGGAGAUGAAAUUUAUGUGUGGGUUGGUAGCAGAUCAACACAAGAAGAAAAGGAAAAGAGCCUCAAAAUGGCUGAGACCUACUUGAAGACGGAUCCCAGUGAUAGACGCCGUGAUCGGAGUGUUAUCAUCACAGUCAAACAAGGAGAAGAACCUGUUAGCUUCACUGCAUUGUUCCCUGACUGGGACCCAACUAUGUGGGAGGAAGAUAAGGAAACAGCCAUUUAAAUCAGCAUAAAUGUCCUUGGUCAGCUAUGAGGAUGUCAAGAAUCAACUGGCAGAAUUUAAUUCAACAAUUGAGGACUGAACUAGUUCUUAAUAUUUCUGUCUCAAGAUAUGUUGCUUAUUAAAUGUAAAUAAAUAUUUAUUAUUAGAUUUUUCAUUAAAGGCUUAUGUUUUAAAUAUUAGUUACUUGCUGACGUGUGUAAGCAAAAGUAGGUUGAUAUGCAUAAUUGUAGAACUUUUUAUUAAAUCUGGGAUACGUCACAUGGUUUUAUGUUUAUUCGAAGUGAAUGAAAUGGAGUACAGUAUCAUUGUUAAAUUUUUGCUAUCCUGUAGUGCAGAAUUGGUUUCAGAUGUGGAAACUCUUCUAAUUAAAAUUGUUAUAACUGCUGGCUUCCUAAAAUAUGAAGUUCUUUUCUCACAUAAGAACCAAAAAUAUAUAGAUAAAUUAUACUGACAAACUAUAAUAUUUAGCAACAAAAUAUAAUCACUUUAUUUUUGCUUAAGAUAAUAUUUUCAUUUAAUGAACAUAAAUGUCUGUAGUUCAAAAAGGUCUCUCUCUAAGACUGUGGGGCCAGAUUUUUUUUUUUUUUUGCGCUCAUCUUUGUGUGACUGUCUUUUUCACAGUGUAAAGAUGUAAUUCCUUUUUAUGAAAACUGAAAGAGGUUACUUGUCAGGCAUAUAUAAGUUGUAGCAGAACAUGUCUUAGAUGAAAUCUUGAUAAGAACCUUAAUGCCUGACAAAAGUAAAUACAUCAGAGUGCAUUGAUGACCUACAUAUUUGGAAGUAAAAUGUCAAUUGUAAUGGUGGUGGGCUGGCAUCUACUCUUCAAGCUGUUGUACAUCAGUAUGUGUGAAUCUCUGCAAACCAAUACGGUUUUGUUUUACUGUUGUCUACAGUGGAGAUAAUCCUGUUAUGUAAGAACCUGAUGUACAAAGUACUGUAACUGAAGGAUAUUGCUGUUCUAUAACUCUUCAAUGAAACUGUUUGCUUUUCAAAUAGGACUACAUGCAGCUAAAAUCUGGUUUAUUUCAAUUUUGCUGUGAGUUUUCUGUUAUCUCUCCAAUAGUAUAGUACCACCAUUACAUAACCUAAACCAAAAUAAAAAUCAUUGAUAGAGUUUUGAAGGCUGAACAACAGUAUGAAGACAUCUCCUUGUCUGCAAGUGCACCACAUAUAUUAUUCUGUCAGUAUGUUUAGAUACGAAUGAUUACCUACAAUAAUUUGUUACUAUUUCAACUGUGUGAUAACAUAAUAUUUGUAGUAAUCUCCAAGAAAAUUGUGUAUAAUGACUGUGGAAAUAAUAAAAUGGUUAAACAAUGAAA